ACCAAAAACCACUUGUUUUCAUUUCUGAAAAUGAGUUCAAACAAUACAUUGAAACUAUCAGAAAUUCCUCCAAUGUUAAAGCGAUUAAAACUUGCACCUUAUGUACCAUUUUCAAUACAUUUGUGUAAUAUACAACUAUAAAACAUUGUCUCCAUCUGUAACCUCCUGGCGGCUGUUAGUAUGUAUACUGUACUGCUGUACUGUUUUGCAUUAUAUACUUUAAUAAAGUUGAAAAAAAAACACAAACAAAACAUUGCCUUAAAGGAGAAGAAGAGCAGGGAACGUGACGUGGAUUCAAAGCGUUGAAGAAAACAAGAAAUAAAUAAGAAGGUAAAGAAAGGAAAAGUUGGUUGUUGAUUGCAACACUUUUUUUUUUUACUGGUGACAUUUAUUUUAUUUAUAUUUUUCAAGGGUGUCCUCUAAGGAUGCUUAUUUUUCUUUUUUUUUUCUAUGUGUUUUACAUUUCUGACUGUAUCCUAUGUUGCAUUCUGAGCUGGAUGUCUCAACAAAAUGUUAUUAUGGUCUCAUAAUGACAGUAAAGAUUCUUGAAUGAUUAUUAAUUAAUAACAAACAGUUUCCUCUGCUUUCCACUUGGAACUUAAUAGUGUAAACAAAUUAAACCUUGAUUUGGAAAUUUUAUUUCAAUCUGAUUGGUUGAAUCAUCCUCAGCCUUGAAUAUUUUUUUCACACUUGAUAUUUUCAUUUCUAAGAGGGAAAUUUGCCAGGCAAUGCAAUUUGUUCCAUUUUGUGCUCAUAUUUUACAAAGACUAUCUGCCUUAUUUGCACCUGGUUUGAUCCUAUUUUUCCAUUGGUAGGUUGGAGGAUUUCUAGAAUAUUUGUUGUACAUAAAUUGAAAAGAAAGGUGGCCAUAAUUUAAUUGUUAACCUACUUGUUCAAUCAGUUUUUUAGCAAUAUUUAGAUGACAUUUGUCAUAAUAACAAGUGUUUGUUUUUUUUUGUUUUUCUACCUUGACUAAAUGUAUUCAUGCAUUAAAUGUAUUUUUUUUUUUUUUUUUUUUUGCUUUUGUUUGUGAUCAAAAAUUGAGAUACCUAAGGAGGUCUAUGUGGCCAGUGUUUGUUACAAUCUCUGCCAACAGUUUAAACACAUUCUAUGGACAUCAAAGCAUAAAGUUUGCAAUUUUGUGCACAUACAUUUUACAGACUAUUUGAUUUAUUUGUUCCUAAUAUGUUAGGUUUUUUCAACAUGUCAUAGUUAGCUUUGCCUCAUCCGUCAGCAGGAGCAGAAGUGAUCAAAGAGAUAGAGAAAGAAUAUUUUCUGCUAUUUCCUGUUGUGUUUUUGUUCUGUAAAUGUGAGGAAAUAAUGUUAGGAAAUAAUCUAGCUCUACUAACCCACAAAAAAAAAAAAAACAUUAAGACCUAAUUACCUUGGGAAUCGCUCCAACCCCAGGAAGGUAUUUAUCAUUGCAGACAUUCCUCAGUCUGGCCUGGACAGGUUGGAGGUUUUCUAGAGUACCUCUUGUACAUAUAUAAAGAAGAAAUGUAAGAAUAUUUCUUGUGGUUUAUUUUUCACUUGAAUUCAAUUUAAUCUUCUGUAUGUUUGCUUCUAGUUUAUCUUAAUAAAGUAAUUGAUAAUUAAUUACAGAUACAAAUACAUACAAUACCAUGAAAGUAAUUUUAUUGAACCUGUGUUAUAUUUUUUUAGAUUUUUCACCACAUGAAACAAAAUGGAGAAAAAUGUUUCAAUACCAUCUGAUAUCCUGGAGAUUGAAGGAUUUCAAAUAUCUCCCGAGUUCACGUUCCCUGUGUUUAUCUUACUUCUGCUUGUCUACUCCACUCUGCUCUUUUCAAACAUUUGUGUUCUUAUACUUAUCAUAAAGGAAAAGAGCUUGCACCAACCCAUGUACUUUCUCUUCUGUAACCUGUCUAUGAAUGACCUGAUCGGCAACACGGUCCUGCUGCCUCAGCUCAUGGCUCAUGUCGUUUCCACCAAACGUUUCAUCACCUACAACCAGUGUUUGCUUCAAGCUUUUCAGAGCCACACCUUUGGAUCUGCAUGUCACAUGAUUCUUGUUAUCAUGGCAAUCGACAGAUAUGUGGCGAUCUGCCAACCUCUGAGGUACAGCUCCAUCAUGACUUAUAAAACUGUGAUCGGCCUGUCUGCCUCUGCUUGGGGGGUGUCCUUACUGCUGGUGUCUGUGCUCAUUGGUCUUAUUGUAAGGCUGCCUCGUUGCAGAUCAUUUAUCCAAAAUGCUUUCUGUGACAAUCCAUCACUGUUUAAGCUUUCUUGUGAGGAUGUCUCUGUCAACAAUACCUAUGGACUGUUUUUCACUGUACUGUUGUUUGUGUUUUCAAUUGGAACCAUCACUGCUACUUACAUAAGAAUAGCUCUCAUCUGCUGGACGAAGAAAAACAAGGAGCUGAAUAACAGAGCAAUUCAGACCUGUGCAAGCCACCUCAUUCUUUAUCUCAUAAUGGUCUGGUCAGGGUUCCUAACUAUUAUAUUGCAUCGAUUCCCAAACUAUCCAGAUUUAAGGAAGAUUGCAUAUAUUUUAUUUCAUGUUGUGCCUGCCAAUUUGAAUCCUAUUAUUUAUGGUCUACAAACAAGAUCUUUACGAGAUACAAUUACUCAAAUACUCAAAAGAAAAGCUGUGAUUUCCACCUAGCAUUUUUCUUUACGUUUUUCAGAUUUUUAUUAGACCUAUACUCUAAUUCAAUAGAAAGCUUAUAGCCUAAAUGAGUCUAAAACAUUUUACUCAAAAGAAUGAGUUAUAUAUGUUUUCCCAAAUCAUUAAAACAAUAUAACUGAUGUAUAUUACACUCCUAUGCACUUCUUUUACACUAUAAUCCUCUGUUUAAAUUGCUGUAAAAUAAGUUAGCAGUAGUGUCCUGUUUUUGGCCUGGAAUCAAUUGCGUUUAUAUUAUUCUAAUAGUUCAUCUUGGUUCACAGAUCUGGCUGCAUUGUUAGUCAUAUUUAAGUUUAAUGCUGACGUUUUCUGCUUCUCAUAACUUUAUAAAAGUUUAAUAAAUCAGUUCUAACACAUCCUUAUUGAGUAAGCCUUCUGUCUUUACUCUUCAGCUGAGAUCAGCAGAUAGUUUGUAAAAUUCAUUUUCAAGCCAUUUACUGAUUUUUUUUAAAUAAACAUGAUUUUCCCUUCUUAUGUUUAGUUUAACUAAAUAUUGUAUUUUCCCAUUCAUGUUUACUGAAUGGCUCAUCUUGGCCACAACAUUUUUUAAAGCUCAAGAAAUGUAUUUUCAAAGCUAAACAUUAUUCAUCUUAGUAUUGUCAUU